AGUCAGAAAAAUCGCGUCCGCGAAGUAGCCAGCAGCUACAUCCUUAGCGCGCGUUUUGUGUCGGAAUGAUAAGGUGGUGAACAUCUUGUGAAGUUCUAUCGUGAUGGCAGCUUCUGUUUACGCCACUCCACCACCUGAUUUAAGUGGCGAAGACACAGCCCUCAGCGAUAUUUCAAAUUCUUCACAAGCCAACAGUACAAAUUCAACGUCACAGAAAUUAGCCACCAAAAGAACUUUGUCAACAUCAUCCUCAUUUGUGAAUAAUUCACCAAAUUCAUGCAACUCAUCAUCAACCACAGGAUCAACGACAGCUGCGGCGGUUAACAAUGGCGGAGGCGGUGGCGCGGGAGAAUCUUCGGCGGCGGAUUUAUCGAAAAAGCGGCGCAAACAGUCCACACCGAUUAGGAUCUCAGCCCUCAGUAGCGAUACAGGGGGUGCAAAUAAUGGAGUUGGAGAGGAAAUGAUGUUAGAGUCUCUCACGGAAAAAUCCGUGGAUGUUGUACAAAAGGCAGCUUUGCUCUUUGGGCACCUGCAGCAGCUUCAAGAAUCACAGAGUCCACAGGAUCAAUCGACAAAUGAGAUAAAUUUUGCCUCAUUUGUUGUGACAGAAAUGAAAUCCCAAAGCACAGAUGCAUCUGAAGACGAUGAAGAGGCGGCAAAUCGAUCGCCAGGAAUGAUGAAUUGCACAGAGUGUGAUGCAAAAUUCCAAUCAGAAUUAAAAUUGAAAAUUCACUUGAUGCACGAGCACAAGAUUGUAUCCUUCAAGGAGACCACAGGACAUCACAGGGGAUCCCCCGAAGCGGGGGAGAAAGUCAGUGAAACACCCAUAAUCAGGGUUAAAAAGGAGCCAUCAGAGUGGGAUAGUGAUGAUCGUCGUACAGAAGCUACAAAUUCCUCCAAACAGGAUGAUUGGUUGGCAUCCUUAGCCAAUGCUGGACUCCCAUUUCCCUUUCCACCGGAAGCCGCGGCGGCACUCACUGCCGGAGGAUAUUUGCCACUGCUGGGAGUACCACCAGUAGCCCCUUUCACUACAAAUGCAGACGGCCUACCUCUGCCGCGUCCAACUGCACCUCAGUUGCGUAUUUUCAAUCCUGAAGCAUACUGUGACUUGUGCAAUAAGGAGUUCUGCAACAAGUACUUCCUGAAAACGCACAAAGCCAAUAAGCACGGUAUCUACGAAACACCCGUACCGACUGUGAAUGACGUGGCUCAGGCAGGAGAACGUCAGGCUCAGCAGAUGCACCAGAGCAUGGCUCAGGUGUUUCAGCAGCAGCAACAACAGCAGCAACAGAGUCCACAGAGUCUCAUGCCGCCGGAGCCUACAGUUUUCUGUGACAUUUGCUACAAGAAAUUCACCAAUAUCUUCGCCAUGAGACGCCACAGAGCUAAAGUCCACGAGGUGGAUGAUGGGAAGAUGGAACAAGAUACUUUUGACAGCGACACCCAGACAUUUCGUCUGCCAGAUGAUUUUCGUCAAGAUUUUACAGUCGAACAGGAAGACACCAAUUUUACACCUCAGCCGAGAAAACUUUCACCAGCAUCGAGUCAACAAGCUCGUGAGGCCAAUUUCAGCGUGGAGAAACUCAAGCGAUUGGGCGUGAUUAAUCCCGAGGCAUUUUGUGAGCUUUGCUGCAAGGAGUACUGCAACAAAUACUUCUUAAGGACACACAAAUUGAAACGUCAUGGGAUACUAAUGCCACCAGAUGAAACUAAAGAAAAUUUUGGUGAUCGCAAUCCCUGGCACUAUGUUCAAACUAGUCCACUAAAUCUCAUCAUGGGAACGGAUUUUGGGCAAGUUCAGCAACUUCAGCAAAAGAUGCUCAGUGAAAUUGCCGAGAGGCCCCUCAAGUCCCCAGCUGACAAAGUACCAGCAGCGUCAGAUGGAAAAUUUUCCGGUGAUUUGAUAAAAUCCGAGAAUGAAGAAAAGGUAUCUGAAUCAAAAUCACCUAGACGGACACCAACUUCACCUCAGAAUACUUCUCAAGGAGACACUGAUGCCAUAAGCGUGGAUCUUCAGAAAUUGCAGUCUAUGAUCCUCCAACUGAAUGACCUAAAUGCCCAAAGAGCUACUCAGUGUACGGUUUGUGGCAAGGAACAAGAGAAUCAGUAUAUGCUGCAUGCCCAUAUGAUUGCAGAACAUGGAAAUAUCGCAUCAGCGGCAGUAGAGAAUAUCAAAACAAGUCGGAGCUCAACUCCAGCCCCAUUGACCCAGCCCUCCAUUACUAGUCAAGGUUCUGCGGAGGUGUGCAAACAGUGUGAUAAGGAAUUCCCAUCAUCAGGAGCUCUCAAACAGCAUAUUGUUGAGGCACAUACCUCCUCUGCUAGUCCACCUCUGCCCAAUCGUGAAGGUUUUGUCACUCCAGAACGGCCCAGUAGUUCGGUACUGCAAAUGCCAGCUGCACCACAUCAAGCAGAUCGCCGGCCACCGUACACCAUUACCCCAACUUCGAGUUAUUGCGAAAUUUGCAAUAAAGAAUUAUGCAACAAGUAUUUCAUGAAGACCCAUAUGCAGAGAAUGCAUGGUAUUGAAAUUGAGAACGGUGCCCAGAUUGGUGGUGUCAUCUGCAACAUUUGCAACAAGGAGUUGUGCAGCAAGUAUUUUCUACGUGUCCAUAAACACAACACACAUGGCAUUGUUGAGGAAGGCUCACCACUACCUCAGUCACGACAAAAUGGAGAUCAUGUCAAAAUGGAUAUCACGGCUACGGAUGAAUCACCUGGCUUUAGUGGCGUUGAUGGUGGUGGCAACAUGAAACCCAGUGACCUGGCAGAUCUUAGCAAUCGCUACUUCUCUCACUUCACUGAAGUGUGUCCUCUGUGCAGUCGUCGAUUCCGUAGUUCCAAAUGGCUGCGGGCGCAUUUGAUGAGUGAUCAUGGCAAGGCCGGAACGGACAAACUACGUGACAUUGAACAGCGAUUGAAUUUGGCCAAGGCACAAAGUCCUACGCUCAAAAUCCCCAAUGGGGCCUUUGGUCUUGCUGCUGAAGCCAGUGCCCUGAAAUCUUCGCUAUCGGGGCUAUUUAUGACACCACCAGGACCACCCAAUGUGGCUACAAGUAUGGCUGAUGAGGCUACCAUGAACAGUGGUGGUAGUGGACGAAUGAAGGAGUAUCAGUGCUCUUUUUGUUCCUUCUCUACACCCUACUAUGCUUUUCUCUUUAUCCACGAGCGCUCGCAUACCCUCAUCAAUCCUGCCGCCGUUGCUUCCCUCACGGCCGCGGCGCCACAUCGCAACCCGCCAAGUAGCCAUCAAUCUGAGGCAGCUGUAUCACUUGCAAAGGAGCCACCAAGUAUGUCACGUCAUUUUCAACCACCUCCACCGCCCCCCGCCGCCACUUCAAGCGACGCCGCUUCGGCUCCGCCCACCAUGACAAAAUCCGAGUCCAACAGCAUGCUCACUGACAUGGCGAACCUAACGCAGCGUCCGGCGAUCUAUGCUCUACCCCAGGACUCAGAACCCAUGAUUAUGCAGUCAUUCCUUCUCGAGGAAGCCGCCGCAGUUGCUAGUGAAUCCACCAAGGACACAAACAGGUUUGUGCCGGCUGUUGUCUUUUUGCCUGUUCGCGAACGCAUCACAACCUCCAUCACUGUGUCAUUUUCAUUGACGCCCGCCUAAGAGGUUUUUACACCUUAACCUACCUUAUUCUCCAGAUUUUUUUUUUAAUAAACCUUUUUAGUCUCCAGAAUUUUUGUCCCAUUCCCUCCAAAACACGACUUUCUAAACCUCGCGAAUAGAAUAUACGGGAUAUUCCAAUUGAAAUACUGAGCAUUAAAUUAAAUUUCCGUUGCAACACAAGUAACGAAUUUUGCAAAGGAGAUCCCCUUAAAAAGAAACUGGAGGGUGAUAAUAAACAAGACGUAAAUGAUAAAGAUAAAAACAAAACACAUGAACGGAAAAGACUGAGGGUAAGAAGUUUUUUUUUGUUACCAAAAGAAUGAAAAAGAAAACCUUGCAUGCAUAAGAUCACAAAAGAGGCAAAAAGCUUACAAAUAUAGCCUCUAAACUUGGUCACUACAUUCAGAGGCUAUGCUAAAAAGAUUAACCAAAUAAAAAAAAAAGCUAGUGAGGAGGCGAAUCGAUCAAAAGAAUUGAGCACAGACCUAACAGCUGAAACAUAUAUCGAGAACAUCUUGUUAAAUAAUAAAUUGUAGUUUUAUUAAUGAUUUUUUUAAAGAAAAAAAAAGAUGAGUAUGAGGAAAUUAAAUAGAGUCAAAUAAUAAAUUCUAGUUAUUAAAAAAAAGAAGAAUAAAAAUUUAAUUCUUGGUGAUGUUCUAACAAAGUUCCUAUAAAUAAUCUAAAGAAGGUAAAAAAAAUGAGGUAAGAGUAAAUAGUGGAGAGAUGAUGAGGAAAACAAGUUAAAAAAGUCUUUUUCCAAGUAGAGAUUACUAUAUUCUCGAUAUAGUAGAAGUGACGCGAAAUCAAAUCACUUGUCUUUAAGUAGAAGAUGGUAAAAUAGAAAAGUUUUCUAGGUCAGAGACGUAGCACCGAAGGUAUUUUAUGUAUUUAGAAUUUAUCAAGUUUUCAGCUUUGCUCAAAAAUAAUUUGUCUAAACAAAAAACAGGAAGAACCACUUAUUCAGUUAAUUCCAAAUGAGAAGAUUUUUUUUUCAAAAAUUACAAAAUAAUUGCAAAAACUCUCUUGCUAUAAGGGAUUUUUUCCACAGUUUCUUUUAAUUUUUUUUUAAAGACUUUUUGGAGGGUGAGUGGCAAUAAAAUAAAAUAACAAGAGCAAGAUUUUUCAUAUACCUCUCAUAAUACCAGCUCCAUCGUGUACAAAGAAAUAAGUAAAUAAAGAAUAGUAAUAAAAUCUCAGGGCUUUAUAGUACAACCAAACUGUAUGAAAACAUAAAGAAGAAAUAUUAAAAAAUAACUCCACCAUAUAAGUAUAUAAAUAUUGUAAAUUUAUGUAUAUAGCUGAGAACAGGUAUUCAUUUGAAGAGUCUAAAAGGAAGAAAAGUCUCCAAAAAUCUAGUCACUCACUAGUCAAAGAAGUAAUAUAUUAUUCUUUAGAGAGAUUUUUCUUAAUUUUCAUUUUAUAGAGACUUUGAAAAAUACUAAAAGUAUUUGAUAGUAAUCUACCUAAAACUGCAAAGUCUCCAUUGUUUAAUUUAAAGGACAAAAGGUCAAAUUUUAAAGUGUAAAAUUUCAUAUUCGUUUCUCUGUUUUGUAAAAAAAAAAAACUGAUUUUUUUUCAAAAAACGAAAAAAAGAAAGAAAUCAGAGGAAAUAGCUGAAAAAACAUUAACAUUAUGUAAGAAAAUGAAAACUAAUCAAAAGGUAAUGGAAGCCCAAUCGGUAAUUGCUAUAAAUGUUAAAAAAAAUAUUUGCUGUGUGCCUUUUAGCAAUUGCUGAUGACGACAAAUUAACUUUUUAUUAUUAAAAAAAAACAACAAACAAGAAAACAAAAAUUAUAAAACUAUAUUUAAAUUCAUUAUUAAAUGAUUAUGAUUAAAAAAAAGGGUUUAAUAAAUUUUAAUUAUUUGGUAAAAAAAUUGGAACAAAAAAAAAGAAGUGAAACUAACAAGACAUUGACUAAAUAUUUCAUAUAUUUAUAAUAAUAACGGGUGAUAUAUGAAGUGUUUCGAGGUAAAUGAUAUAACAAAAGGAGGUUAAAAAAAAGAAAAA